AUGGCGCCGAGAAGUCAUGUUCCCGCGAGUCGUGAGCUUCAUGUGGUAGUUCUUGGCGCAGGUGGAGUAGGUAAAAGCUGUUUGACCGCGCAAUUUGUCCAUAACGAGUGGAUCGAAAGCUACGAUCCCACAAUCGAGGAUUCCUAUCGAACACAGGUCCAAGUAGAUGGCCGCCAGGUGGUUUUGGAGAUACUGGAUACAGCAGGAACAGAGCAAUUCGUCGCCAUGAGAGACCUGUACAUGAAGACUGGGCAAGGGUUUCUUCUCGUCUUCAGCAUCACAUCACCUUCUUCCUUGAACGAGCUGGCUGGUCUGCGAGAAGAGAUUAUUCGCAUCAAGGAUGACGAAAAUAUCCCCAUGGUCAUCGUUGGCAACAAGUCAGAUUUGGAAGAAAGCCGCGUCGUGAAGCGGGCCAAGGCGUUUUCGAUAGCACAACGUUGGGGGGCACCAUACUAUGAGUCUAGUGCCAGAACUCGAACAAACGUUGACGAAGUGUUCCUCGAUCUGUGCGGGCAAAUGCUUCGAAAAGACGACGACUAUCUGGCAUCCAUUGAGACGGAUGCAAAGGGGUCCAAAUUCGAUGCUUUUCGCGGCGGAAGCAAGCAAAAACGACGAUUGAAACUUCGAGACAAAGACAACCCCAGAUGCGUCAUUCUGUAG